GCCCGCGGGUGUGUGAUCCCAGCACGCGGCUGGGGCAGCCAGAGCCGAGGUAUCAGCGGUCCCGGGACGGCCUCGGACGGGGGCUCUGUUACUCCGCAUGCAGCAGCUGCCGCAGCCCACUGUCCAGCCGGUUCUCCUCGCCUCGGCAGCCAGGGGUCGCCGGGCCUUUGUCUCCCGCCCCUCGGCCUCUGCAGCCUCACCAAGAGCCACCCCCCGGACUGCGCUUCCUCCGCUCUCCGGCUCCAGCAGCGUCCUCCUCCCCCGGCACGGGGGCCGGAGCCUGGCCUGCCCUGGUCGCCGGCCCCUGUUGCAUUGUGACCCUUCCUGAGCUCAGCAGGCGCAAGCAGGAGCUCGGACUGAAGCGGCGAUGGCAUUUGAGGCGGGUAUCCAGAACUGCCCCGGGGCGGCUCGUUCCUGGAGCGAACAAAGCCUCGGGGGCUGAUUGCCUUAGUCUGUGGCCAUUCGCUUUUGUUUGGGUCUAAUGGUCUUAUUGUCUAAGGGCGGCUGCAGUUUCCCCGGUGUCUGGCAGGCAGUGUCUCUAGCGGGUUAAUUUUCCUGCACCGAGACAAAUACUUUGAGGUGGUAUGAGCCUGUCGUCACUCAGGUGUGUGAUCUGCCUCUGCCCCUGCUCCUGCCCCUGAGCUCUGCUUUGGUGUAGUACUUCAUCGAUCCGCUCCUACUGAUUUUAACGGGCAAUCUCUUGCUAGGUCAGUGGAACCUUUUUUUUUUUCCUCCCUUUUUUUGGGGGGAGGGGGGUGUGUGUGGCCUGAUCUGAAUAUACAGCCCCCUGCUGUCCUUGCUGUUUUAUAACGACCUUUUCAUUGUUCUGCGCCUGUCCGGUUCUGCCUGCUCCAUCACGGGUGACCAUUUUUUGAAAAAAAGUCUAAUCUAUGGUGCAUCUCCAGGCCACUUCGUUUGUUUUAUCGGGGCCCUGCCUUGACUCUUCCUUCUGGUUUGAUGUGAGGAAACAACCUCCUGUUGGGUAAAAUAUACCUUGAUAUUGCACUGUUCUUAUGUGAAUGGGCCACGCCCUUUUUUCCUUAAAGGGCCUCUGCAUUAGGCUGCCAUGUGCUGCUCUGUCUCUGGCAGGCUGAGGGGGGUGGUGGGCAUAGGGUUGUAAUCCACCAAUUUCCAAAGUGCAGACUGGGAUGCCAGGGGGGAGAACGGGGGGCAGUGGCGCUGCUGCCACCAAGCGUUAUGAGGCCAGCGAAGAGGCAACUCAGAGAGAAGAAGAGCAGGAAGAUGAUGGUGAUGAAGAUCUGCGAGAUGGUGGAGUUCCUUUCUUUGUGAACCGAGGAGGGCUACCCAUUGAUGAGCCCACCUGGGAGAGAAUGUGGAGACAUGUGGCCAAGAUUCACCCUGAGGGAGAAACGGUGGCUCAGAGGAUUCGAGGAGCCACAGACCUACCCAAGAUUCCCAUACCAAGUGUGCCUGCGCUCCAGCCGUCCACCCCCAUCCCUGAGCGCCUGGAAGCCAUACAGCGCUACAUCAAGGAGCUUCAGUACAAUCAUACUGGGACGCAGUUCUUUGAAAUUAAGAAGAGCAGACCUCUGACCGGGCUAAUGGACCUGGCCAAAGAAAUGACCAAAGAGGCCCUGCCAAUCAAAUGCCUGGAAGCUGUGAUCCUGGGAAUUUACCUCACCAACAACAUGCCCACACUGGAGCGUUUCCCCAUCAGCUUCAAAACUCACUUCUCAGGGAACUACUUCCGCCACAUUGUGCUGGGGGUGAACUUUGGGGGCCGCUAUGGAGCACUGGGCAUUAGCCGGCGAGAGGAGCUCAUGUAUAAGGCGCCCACCUUCCGCACACUGAGUGAGCUGAUCUUCAACUACGAGGAGGCAUACCACCGCUGCUGGCACGUCCUCAAAAAGGUGAAGCUGGGCCAUUGUGUGUCCCAUGACCCACACAGUGUGGAGCAGAUUGAGUGGAAGCACUCCAUUUUGGAUGUGGAAAAGCUGGGCCGUGAGGACUUCCGCAAGGAGCUCGAGAGACAUGCCCGGGACAUGAGGCUAAAGAUCGGCAAAGGAACAGGGCCACCAUCUCCCACGAAGGAUAGGAAGAAAGAUGUGUCCUCCCCACAGCGGGGCCAGUCCAGUCCACACCGCCACAACAGCCGUGGGGAGAGGCGGCUGUCUGGUGAGAAGAAGCCUGCCGAAUCCAAAGCCAUGCCAGACCUCAAUGGUUAUCAAAUCCGGGUGUGAAGAGAGGCACACCUUGUGUGCCGGGCUCCAUUGACUCCUCAUUGGCCACACUUGAAACCAGGAUCACCUGUAGCAAGCUCAACAUGGGGAAGGGGAAGUGGGAGUGGAGGGCUGGUCUUCCAAGGUACUUCUAUCAGGCCUAUCCCUGAGCUGUAUCCUGGAGGUCAGACGAGUCACCUGCCUGUCUUGGGAAGAACACUUUUUUUUAAUUCAACAAAACAAGUUUAUAAGAGAACAGAUCUGCCAGUUGAUGGGAAGGUCCUGCAGGAUGCUUGGGAGGGCUCCUACUGUGAUGUGGUGAGGGGUGGAGUGAGUGAGGCCAAGCAGAGCUCAGGCUUUGCAUGGAAUCCUUUGGACUGACAAAGACGACAGGUGGGGCAUUUUAUCCACAGUGCCUCUUCCUCUUCUAUGCUGAAGGUCUCAAGCCAGCACAAAGCCCCUGGGCUUGAAGGAGGGGAAGGUAUUGUAAUGGAAAGGCCCCUGCCUCUGGUAAAGGAAGGAUUUCUGGUUUUGUAACUUCUGUGUAUUUUGCUACUAUCACUCUUGUUGGGGAGGGAGUGAAAUACACGAUCACCUUUCCCCAUCCCCUGUGCCUGCAGGGAAGAGGAAUAAGCCCUGGAAUAAUUAAUAUUUGCAUCACUAAUGAAAAUGCAACCUGUCAGUGAUGUUGAGAGCCUCAUAUGCAGUGAAUUCACCACUCUAACAUUCCGUUGGGUCUGCAAUGUAUCCCCCCUAUGGCUCAUUGACUCUAUGGGGGAUGAGUGUGUCUCCUUUCCUGUGAGGUGCUGUGGAUACUUCCCUUCAUGGCAGGCUGUUCAGGAAAUGCCCAUGCCACUGUAACCUGGAAAUGGGCUGCUGGACAGCCCCAUCUGUGGGGAUGGGUGCUUAACCAAUAAGAUAGUUGGAAACUGUCUCCCCCACUUCCUUCUCAGUGGUGGUAACUGGAAGCUGCAGGGAAAGCUUUGGCCACUGAGGUGCAACUCCACCAGGAGGCAAGUGACUCUGAUGCACAUGAGUAGCCUUCACAAGCAUUUUUCUCUCCAGAAAGGAAAGAGCUGCAAUUUUUCCUUGCUGGGUUGUAACAUUAGUCUCAUGGGGGGGCUCUUCAUUCCCAUCCUGGCCACUUGCUUAACCCUGGAAUAUUCAAGGCACCACAUCAAAUUCCCACUUUCGCUCUUGUGCUUAUGAAGCUACUAUUGUGACACCUUGCACUUCCCCCUUAGAAUCUGGCUUCAUCUCACCCUGUGAGGAAGGGCUACUUUUCCUGGAUGCUCAGAGCCACAGUGGAAUUUUGGGAACCAGCCUUGAAACAGAAGGGUCCAGGGUCCAGUGUAGUGCUCUGCUCAAGGGGCCAGUGUGCUGGUGAAUCCUUAAGCAAAAUAAGAUAGUGUUUUGUGGUCAUGUUGCCGUGUUCAGCCCCACCCUUUGUCAACAUCCACAGCUGGCCAGUGCCUGCUGGAGUGCCUCUAAAAGUGAGGCAUACUACCUCUAGGAACACACAGGGCACUGCUGCAGCAAAUCCUAUGUGGUAUCCCUGAGGAUGCUUUCAGGAAACAUGCUAUUGGAGGUAGGGUGGGGAAAUGUUUCUCAGAUUGAAAUAAGGAGGGGUGCUGCACUGUUGCUGUAGGGUAAUAGCUCCCAAUCCUUUCAUGCACUGGUCUACCACUCCAUGCUCCCUCCUUCCUUUCAUCUGUGGAGGUUUUGGAGCAACCUAUGCUCAGGCUGGGCAAGAGGGGCAGAAAUAAAUGGGAUGUGCUGCCAUAUUGAGUCCAAGCCAGAAGCUCAUGCCCAAGUUAAACCUUGGGUACCAGCUCAAUCAAGAUUGAAAUGUCUGUGGGGAAUCACUGUUCCAGGUUGUCCCAUUUCUCCUAACUGUUCAGUCUGGCCCAUUUUGAUUGCAGUGGUCCGUCUGUCCUAGGAGUAGGGAGCAUAGCUGUGUGCCUGUCCUCUUCCUGUUUGUUCUGACAGUGUACUUAACAACACUAUUUGUUAAUGAGUACCAUUCUCCAGCAAGAGGGGCUGGCCCUUCCAUCUGACUAAAGCCUUGGCAGCUCACAAAUUUCCAUUCAAAGGAGAGGCACAGCUAAGCAGUCCACAUGCUGCAUGUCAGAACUGAGGAGCAUUGGCAGAUAUGCGUGUGGGGCCCAAAACUUGACAUACCAGGGGUGCUGCAGCUCAUGGCGGAAUUGAUUCAGAGAGGGAGGUGAGAAGCAAGGGGUGAGUGGGUCAAGCCUGAGGCAUGUUGACAUAGAUAGGGAAUGGCAAAAUGUUUAACAUUCAGUCCUCUUACACUACAAAAAGUGUCUAGACAUUUAUGAAAUCUGGCUGUAUCCAAAUCAUGUUAAACAUUCUGUAUUCUUUCUUGCCUGAGUGGAUGCUGGAAUCAUGACUGACUAUAACUAUGGUAGAUAACUGGGCUUUCUGGCAUAACAAUGCUGUCUUUCUCUCCUCUGCCCAUGCUGCUUGCCCUGGUCUGUUUCCCCCAAGAGUAGUAGCCUGACUGCUAGACCCAAAGAUGGGACCGUGUUGUAGCUUAAGGAUGAAAUUGGCCCUUUCACUGUAUCCCAAACCUCUGUAAGAAAGUGAGUUUAAUGCUAUUAGGAAUGAAUGAUGGCAAUGGGCCUGGAUUAAUCAAUAAUCCUUAAUGGUUCCAGAGCAAAACAUGGAACCAGGUGGAGUCCAGGGCAGAAGAUUUUGUCCAGUACUAGCUUGGAGUCCUUUUAAUAAGGUCUUAUAAAAAUAUCACCAGUGGGGUUUUUAUUAUGUGUUUAAAUUCCACUUCUUCAGGUUCUCCUCCUUAUAUGUUCCUUAGUCUAUACAGCUCUGAAACCUGGAGGGAGGAAGUAUCAGAGAGGUAGUUGUGUUAGGCUGGAUCUGUAAAAAGUGACAGAGUCCUGUAGCACCUUAUAGACUAACAGACGUAUUGGAACAUGCAUCUGACGAAGUGGGUAUUCACCCACAAAAGCUCAUGCUCCAAUAUGUCUGUUAGUCUAUAAGGUGCCACAGGACUCUUUGUCUCUCUUGUUGGGAAGGAAGUGCCUCCAUACAUGAGCCAGACCAUACUUGCAUUGUAUAUGUCAGGUGUGACCACAUUGUGGCUUGUGAGCCUUGUGUGGCUCCUUAACAGUUAAAGUGCGGCUUGUGGAGCCCUCCAUGCCCCCACCCUCAUUCUCCACCUACUAGCUGCCUUCCCUGUGGGGAGGGGGGUCUCAGGGCUUUAGCCCUGCAGGAGGGCGUUGGGGCUCAGGACGUGCCCCAGCAGGUGACACACUGUGGGGCAGGCUGUCCAUGUCUUGUGCUCUCGAACUUCUGAUUAUCUUAUGUGGCUUGGAGGGUCAAUAAGUUUUGCCAGCCCUGGUAUAUGUGGUCAACCAGGGCUACGGAGAGAGGGCCUUAACUGAAUUCCUUUAGCAAGACCAUUUUUAAAUAUGAAUGCUGGGUUCAAACACAGCUCUUCCUAACACUUCUGUGGUGCUGGUGUAGACAGGGCCUCUUGUUCCACACCCUUCAACUUAAUUCUACAACUGUCUUAAAGUGGCAGUGAAUAGAGACCAAGGGGUUCCUCCCUGGGGGUACGCUGGCAUGGUACAAAUGUACCAGGCUGACAGCUGAAAAGUGGGCUCAGGUCUCCAUCAGCGUCUGGGCAAUAGUCUAGGCUUCUGAGACUCCAGUGUUGUUCUGAAACCACUCUGCAGUGGCUUACUGCAUUUCAUGGUAUGCACCAGCUGGGGGAUCUGUAAUGCUUUGUAUUUAGGUGUGAUUAUCCUGCCCCUUGUGACACCCAGUUCGUAUGUACUGCACAUCUCUAUAGUGUACUCUAUACCUUGCCACUUAGAGUAGAUGACUCCAGAGCUUUGUCUUGGAUGUAGUUUGUAUUUAGCAGGAGAAUGAGAGGUAAGUUAUUUGCACAGUAGCAGAAAAACAAGUUAUUUGCUGUGUUGAUGUUACCAGAGCCGUUUUAUGUGAAGAAUGUUGCCAUUGUAUUGCAGCUAAAACCCUGAACCAGACUCUGACCCCAUCAGUCACCUGAAAGGCUGGUUCACAUGUGGUACAUAUAAACUGAAACAAGUGUCCCUAAAAUAGUCACUUACAAAGGCCAAGAAAUCACAGGGUAGAAAAGAAUCCUACAUUGCUAAGGGGUAGAAGUCUGCACUAGAUAGGAAGAAGUAGGCCUGAUCUAACUGCAGAGGCCCUUGCUACUGACAUGGGCAGGUUGUUUUAGGCACUUAUUCCUUGUAAUUGAAAUAUCCACGGGACAGCUGUAAACUGGGCAUGCUUUUACCCGUGUCUUACUUGUGAGUCUGCUUCGGUGAAACAGCACCAUGUGCUCGAACAGUCUUGCACUGUUGCCCUGUAUCUAAUAUAUAGAAUCUGCAUAGGAGGGAGCCUGUGAUCCAACUCAGGUCAGCAGUUGUUCUUGCUUGGCUCCUGCUCUGCCAAAACAAGGUGGAGUCUGUAUGCAGAUGUUUGUUCAUAUCAUCACCACUCACCUUCAGGGUGGUGCCUAGGCACUCACUGUCUGCUCAGGAGCAAACCAGCUUAGGCCAAGAAGGCAACUGAAUCUUAUACCUCUGCAGAGCAGAGUUUUCCCUCCAGCCUCCAGGGCAGGGCAGGGCUGAGAUGGUGCUAGUGGGACUUGCAUAGUCUCUUCCAUGCACAUCAGUAUUUAUUCUGUUUACUCUAUGGUACAACAGAACCAUUUACAUUUUAUCACUGAUACAGCCCAGAACUAACCAAGAAAAGAAGGGUUUCUUUCUUUAUGGACUGUUUCAUGUGUGUUGUUUUUUGUUUUUUGUUUUUUUUCUGUAAUUAACCAGUUGUGGGUCUGUUUUUCUAUAGUUAACCCAGAACCUGUAUCUAGAUUUAGUUCUAACUGCACCUAUGUAUCAUAUCAGUAUUUCCUCUUCCUUUCACAUUAGAAAAUAAAGUUCUUGUCUGCACAGCCCUUGCCUUGUGCAGAGAAAAAAAUGAAAACUGCCUCUGAUUUCAUUGUUGUUGAUGGAUAAAACCAGAGCCCAGGUGCUGUUUAAACUUCUAGUCUGGCUGUAUGGUGAGGCUAACUCUCUGGAGAAGACAUGCAUCCUAUUCAAGCACCAAAAGGGAAUAAAUACAGGUGGCUUUCAUAGGGAAGUGGAAAGAACCCUAGACCAUCCCCCCUCAUUCAUCUUCUGGGUUGGUCAAUAUGCCCAUGCUAGCCAAAGCCUACUCAGAGCAGGGAUGAAAUACAUGGUGUUUUAGCACCAGAAGAAAGGAGCUGAGCAACCAGGCUCUUUUCAUACUACUAAUCGAGCUGAGGCAAACUUCGAGAUGAUGGGGUGGUCCAAAGGGUGCUGUGGCCUGGAAGCAGAACUCUCCUUCUGUGGGUAAGAGAGGUCGGUCUUCAGCUAAACUUCAAUAGAUCGGCCAGACAGCCAUCCUCACGAGAUCAGCAGGUACUGACCAAACUUAUGAGUUCUCACAGUCAGGGCUGUCUAAAGCAUAUGUCCUCACCAACUCAGUCUCUCUGGUGAUUCUUUCUUAAAGCACAGAGUAGACUAAUAAAGCAGCUGCAAAAUGGUCCCUUCCCCCUGAGGGAGGAAUCA